AUGGUUCUGUCUUCGCUCGACUGUCCUUCCUUUGGUAUGCAAUGUUUUAACGGGAUACUGGCAAAGUCAAAAAACAUUUCUUACCUUCCUCCUCUUCUUCCUGCAAAAUCAGGAGAAAGAACGCAGGGGUUCCUGGCUCUCUUCACUGGUGAUACUGGUGAAAUCCGUGCUGAAGUAAGGGAACAAAUUGACACAAAAGUCGCUGAGUGGAGAGAGGAAGGGAAGGCAGAGAUCGUGCCAGGCGUCCUUUUCAUUGACGAAGUGCACAUGCUUGAUAUUGAAUGCUUUUCCUUCCUAAACCGUGCUUUGGAAAAUGAAAUGGCACCGAUAUUGGUUGUAGCUACCAACAGGGGGAUCACUACAAUCCGAGGCACAAACUACAAAUCUCCACACGGCAUUCCAAUUGAUUUUCUUGAUCGCUUGCUCAUCAUCUCUACACAGCCUUACACAGAAGAAGACAUUCGGAGAAUUCUGGACAUUAGAUGCCAAGAGGAAGAUGUGGAAAUGUCUGGAGAUGCAAAGAUUUUGUUGACUAGAAUUGGAGUAGAUACAUCUCUGAGAUAUGCCAUCCACCUGAUCACAUCUGCUGCCUUGGCUUGCCAGAAGAGGAAGGGGAAGCUUGUGGAAAUGGAGGACAUUAGUCGUGUUUACGAGUUGUUUUGGGAUGUGAAGAGAUCAACGCAAUACUUGAUGGAGUAUCAGAGCCAGUAUAUGUUCAAUGAAAUGCCAACGGGGGAGGGGGAUCAAGAUGACACCAAUGCCAUGAUGUCAUGA